CGCGUUUCCUUCUUUCAUUUUGCUCCAGUGCUCACUCUUGGAAAUUCUCUGCCGCUACUCAAUCUUCUAAUACAAAAUCCCCUGCUUCGCUUCCACUGAAACGGAUCUGGUCUCAGUCUUGGCACAUUGAUUUUGUUAAAAUCUCAAAUGUCAAAAGAUAGAAGGAUGAAUUCCUCAUCUUUUGACCAGUCUGGGGUAUCUCCUUGCGCUGGCAGCUCGAAGAUUUCUGAUUCUACCGAGUCAGAAAGAUAUUUGCCUCGUGUUGGUGAUGAAGCAGAAUGGGAAGAAGCUAGAUGCCCCAUUUGUAUGGAGCAUCCACACAAUGCUGUCUUAUUACUAUGUUCUUCCCACGAUAAAGGCUGUCGACCAUACAUGUGUGACACAAGUUCUCGACAUUCAAAUUGCUUUGGUCAGUUUCGCAAGUCAUCUAGUGCAUUAUCACCAACUCCACUAGUGGAAACUCCACAAGAAGAUGACUCAGCACUGAUGACCUCACCCCGCAGACACAUAGGGGACCAAACAUUAACUAGGCCGAUAAAUUUCCUCGAGGGACAGCAACAUGUUUUUAUCUGCCCCCUUUGCCGGGGACAGAUCACUGGAUGGCUUGCUAUGGAGCCUGCACGAAGGUUCAUGAACUCCAAACUGAGGAGUUGUUCUUUAGAAAAUUGUAACUUCAGUGGAAAUUAUUCCGAUCUAAGGAAGCAUGCCAAGCUUGAGCAUCCCUCUGUUCGGCCGUCAGAGACCAACACCCAGCGGCAAUCUGAAUGGAUGAGGUUGGAGCGACAAAGGGACCUUGAGGAUGCACUUAGUAUGUACCAGCCAGAUUUCGAAUAUGACAGGGGUGACUUGGACGAAUUGCCUAGCUGGGAUGAAUGGGGUGAAGAUGGUCUGGGGAGUGAUUGGAAUUUCUUUGACUUCCCAAGUGGACUGUUUGAUAACGAGGGUGAAUUGAAUGAAGAUAAUAAUAUAUUUACGGAUCUAGAGGUUGAGUUCUCUUUCUCAUUCCUUGAGCAUCCAGCUUUUCCUGAGAUAGAAGUGACCACAAGUAAUGACAGAGUACUUGACUGGAGACGGCUGAGUCUAAGGUCAAGUGAUCUCAGUGGAAACAGCUCAACAGGUUCAAGGUCUAGAUUAAAUUAUAAUAGGGAAAAUGUUCCCCCAAGUUCAAGAUCAAGUAAUAAUGAAGGAAAUACCCCGGCAAGUUCGAGGUCAACUUAUCUCAGGAGAUACACACCGACAAGAUCAAGGUCAAGGUUGGGGUCAAGGUCAAGUUAUAAUAGGGCAAACAGAACCCACGUGAGACCGAAUGCAUCAGGACGGCAAAUGGCUGGCUCUUCACAAUGGCGCCAGUCAAGUUGGAGAUCCUGAAGAUCACUAAAUCUGGUAUUUAUUUUACGGUGCUUCUGUUACUGUCAAUGAAAAUCUACCUAUAGUUUACAUUUUCUGUAUUAAACUCUUAAGAGCUUUCUCUAUGGUUGGUUUAGUUUUUGGUCCAUAAAGCCAAAUUGUAGCGUAACAAAUGUGUCACACCAGUCAAUAUAUUUUAAUUUGGAUAUUGUUAUUCUUAGAUGUUUUAAUGAUCAGAGAAAGAAUUUUAGUGCGAA